CAGAUAUCAGAAUCGCACAGGGCUAGUGCUCAAUGGUAAGAGUGAAUUUUCUUAUCACGGUCAUAUUCCUCUUGAUUGUGCUCGUACAAUGUGAUCCGUGACUCUCGGAAAAUGGACGAAUUUACUUGAACAUCUUCAACUAAUAUUAUGUGAGAUUAGUGAUUAAUACGAAGGCAAAAAGCGGAAACACACAGUCGAGAAGACAGGGAAGAAAACAGAAUGAGAGAGUGACUGGAGAUUUAACAUUAUCUCAUUACUUUUGAAGAUGCGAGCAUUGGAUACAAUUAUGAAUUCAACUUGCGCUUAUUGUACACUUGAACCACCCCCUGACAUCCUUCACAUACCCCCGCCACCAUUCCCGGCUAUUCUCCAGCAAGGUUCCGAUUUUUAUCCGAGCUCUGACAUUCUGCCAUUCCCUCCGCAUUUAAAUGACAGUCCCUGCAAACAUUUCUGCGACCGGCGUUCCGAAGGGGUGCAAUAUAUAGAAAUGCCUCAACAAGGGACCGUUUUUGAUGAUACAUGGCUUUUGAUCUUAAUAUCGUCAUGCAUCGGUGUCAUUUUCAUCGGUAUAGUGCUCGCGACGUUGUUCUUAAAGUGUAAAUUCAAUAGGAAUGGAAAAGGUGGGGUGAUCUCCAUGCCGAAUACAGCUUCCGGGAUGCAGACGAAAAACGGUAGGCUCCAAAACGAGGCGGUGCUCUACCCUUGCGCGGCGGACACUAUGCAGGACAGUCGCGUCAUGUGGGCCACCCUUACCCCACGUGGGACCACGAGGCACUAUUUGGAGGAGCAUACGUACGAAACUAUCGGGGGUGGGCAGUUUCACAAACGUGCCUGUACGACCACACCAACCGAACAUGUAAAACUCAAGACGUAUGCUGACCCACCAGCUAUCACUCCUGUGCAAAAUCGUCCAAAGGAUGACAAAGCUUUUGAUAACACCGCGUUUGUAGAUUAUGAAGAACCUUUGUCCAUCAAGACUGAAUAUUAUCAACUCAACGAUGUUCUGGAGCCGAAUGAGUCUGGGAUACUUACGAUUCCAAGAGGAACGCUUCGUCCGCGUGUGAGUUCCCCGACAAGAAUCGAACAUCCGAAUUUACCCCCGUUGAAUCUUCACCCUCAUAAACGGGCAUCUCGCAAGGGUUCCGGCACGCAACACACCUCGGACACGUUGCUGAGGAGCAGCAUCACAUCGUCAACUUACAUACCCACCAUAUAAAACGUAUCCGCGUCCUUUCCUUUCGUUACAUUCUCCUUCAGGGUACCGCCCAAGUUACGCCCGUGCACCUUUUACAUCCUCGUUAAUAUCAUCGUAUAUCUAGUCGUUAUAAGCACACGCCGCCCGUGUUAAGCCAAGUAAACGAUAUAAUCGUGCGAAAUAAUUCUUUUUUAUCGAUUGAUAUGACGUGAUUGUGAUUGUGUAGAACAGUAGGUGUAGACUUAAUAGAGUAAAUAAUGUACGUUACAUUUGCAUCUUAAAUAAAACAAUGCAAUAUAGCAAAA